CGUGUGCCCUUGCAGCGGCAGCAGUAUGUCGCACGCGGACCGGGUAGUUCUGGCUCUGGGCGGAGCGGGCACGGUGGGCUCCGGGAUCGUCAAAGCCUUGCUGGACAAAGGGUUCCAGGUAGCUGUGAUCUCUCGUGACACCAGUCGUCUGGAGAGACUCCGCUCAUUUGUCUCUCCUGACACGAAAGACAACCUCACCACUAUAGUGGGCAAUGUGGGCUCAGAGGAAGGAGCAGAAAAGGCAAAGCAGGACCUGCUGAAGGCAGUGGGAAAAGUGACCGACAUCGUAUCCUCUCUUGGCUUCAGCUGGUGGCAGGGCGGACCCCCCCACACACAGUCCCUCAAAGACCUACACUGGGUAAUUGAAACGCUGCUGUUCAGCACAUUCGUGUCAUGGAAAACCUUCUUCCCUUUGGUGAGGGACAACUCCAACUGCACCUACACGUUCAUCACAGGAGGAGCAGGUGAGAAGCUGCUGAUGCCGGGAACUGGCUUCCUAACAGUCGGAGCUGCCAGCGCACUGGCCUUCUGCCAGGUACUACGAGAGGAGUACCCUGAGGUACCCUGCAAACUUAAUCAGGUGAAGAUCAACACGGGUGUAGCCACUCCAGAGCGGCUAGCACCAGGCUACCUGGACCACCUGGACCUCGGUCAGGCUGUUGCUGCCCUCAUAGAGAGACCAGAUACGUCUCAUGUGGUCUUCACCAUCAACCGUCCUGAAGACCUGAAGACCGUCCUUGUGGAGAGGAGCCUGUAGGCCUGGCAUACCCUCUCUGGGUUCUAUCACUGUGCUUUCCUUCCUACUUCACUAAGAACAGUGACA